CACUCUUUUAGUGCUUAUUGUGAAAACUUUAAGUUAAAAAACAAACAAAAAUUUUGACAAUUAUCGGGGGGGGGGGGGCAGUCCUGCUUAGGGCCAUGCUUUUGAGCAUUAAUUGGGCUGGGUUGGGAUUGCCCCAAGUCCCUGUGUAUAUGUUCUCUUAGUCAAGCAUUAAACAGAAUAUUAUAUACUUAAAAAAACAAAAACAUAAUGAUUCUCAGAAAGUAGUAAUACAAUUACAUGUAUUUGAGCUUAUUUUGAAUAGUGUUUCUUUCCCUGUCCAGAAAAUGAGCACAACACACGGAUAUGUGACUUUGUUAAAAUAAGGAUAUUCUUAAUAUGGAUUUAUGUGCACAAUUGAACAGGGAGGAACAUGACAUAGCAAUAGAGAAAGGGGGAUAAGGGUGGAAGAAAAAGAGGAGAAAUAGAGAGGUGUGUUAACUGUCAUUAAGAAAGAGUUUUAAAUAGUAAGUUAGAAGAAAAUAAUAUGGUGCAUCACUUAAGAAAUAAAAGUAUAAAGAUAAAAAAAUUCAUCUAAAAUCACAUCCAUGGAUGCAAAUUUACAACACACAAGUCUAUGCUAUGAAAUGUUUUUAAUUUUUUUUUUGGUGAAAACCCCAGGUGUUUUAAAACUUGUUCUAUAACAUGUUUUAAAUGACACUGUUUGAAACAUGCCAACACUGAAAAUAAACCAUUGAAAAACAAGGAAUAGAAAGGGGCACAGCUACACCAUGAAUUUUUUGAGCAUUUUUGUAGCUUGAACAAAAUUUCCUCAAGCCCCAAUCCACCUAAAAGUAUUGAUUCUGGGACUCAAACAUCCACACCACAAAGUCAAAGGAAAUAUAAAAAACUAAAGAAAUAUAUAUUUUUAUUUCUGAAAAAAAAAGUACAAAAGCCUACUCCCACUGCCAAGCUUCACUCUCUUAGCCCAGCUCAUUGUCUGUACACGCCCAUUUCCAUUGGGGAUAUGCGGGCUGAAGCGCCUUGCAAUUGGCAGCUAUGGGGGGAGGUACAUAGUAUGGUGAUGAAAAACACCAAACCAUGCAUCGGUUGUUCACUACUCAUGAUCAAAGAGAAAAGGUGAUGGAGUUUCACUGCACCCGACAGUGGGUGCAAGUCAUGCCGAAUCGUGCGGUGUGGCAAGUCCCUAUAGAAAAGAGAGUUUAAACAUAUAAAUAUUUUAUUUAUCGCUUUCUGUUUUUACCCAACAGAUUUUAUCAACAAUGGCUUUCAAAUUACCCAAACUACCAGGACCAUCAAAGUCAAAGCAUUAUGCUUUUGACAAGAACAUUACUGUUGUGAAAUGGGAAGAGUUAGAUGCUCAUCAUGUGAUUGGCAGAGGCCAAUUUGGUGAAGUUUCCAAGGUGACAUACCAAAAACAAGACAUUGUAAUGAAAAGACUACUUAGUGAACAAGAAGAUGAUAGGAGAUGUUACAUGAAAGAAGUGAACAUUAUGAGUCACUUGUCACAUCCCAAUCUUAUCACCAUAAAAGCAGUAUGCCCUGAGAAGUGUGCUAUUCUGAUGGAAUACAUGGCAUUUGACUUUGAAGUGUUCGGAACCAAGGAUGUUGUAUCUUCACUGUCAGAGUUUUUAAACCUUUUAGAUCGUACUGAUACAGUGGAUUAUUUUGACUUCUUUCCCUUGGUUGGACAAAAAGUGACUGAGGGAUUGAAAUAUCUUCAUGAGAAUACCAUAGCUCACAGAGACCUCAAACCAGGCAACAUUUUGGUUUCAAACCAACACUACUGUCAUAGCCAUGACAAGCAGGAAAUUGAAUCCAUAUACAAAACAGAUCCAAUCCUCAUUAAACUGUGUGACUUUGGAGAGUCUCGCUCCAAAAUGUUUCACACAAAUACCAUUCUACAGACUCGCACCUUAGGACUUGGACGAGGUACUCCAGCAUUCAUGGCUCCAGAAAUAAGACUAGAUAGUGACAUGCUCCCUGUUGGGGCAACAAUGGAGGACUUGAUGAAGGCAGAUGUGUGGUCAUUGGGCAUGACUCUGUUUGCCAUCAUAAACCCAUCUCUGAAACAUCCGUAUGAGCAAAACUUGAAGGAAGCAACAGGUAAAAGGAAAUUGAGUUCUAUCCUACAAGAGAAUCCAAAGCCUGAUGUGAAAUACAAAGAGAAACAGGAGACAUCAUGGAGUUCCCUCCUUUCUGCCUACAAGAAAUGUGUGUUGACUCAGCCAAUCAGGAGGCCAAAUCUGGAGAGCGUAAUCCAGCAGUUACAAGUGAUUCCAAGAAGCUCCACCAGCAAUUUUGGUCUGCCUAAUUCUGAGAGUGAUAAUGAUCAGCUCAAUACCAAGAAUGAUGUCCAUGCAAACCAACCAAAGACGUGUUCUACCUUCAAGCAGACAAGUAUGGGUGAUUGUGAAACAAGAGGUCCUUCUACAUCAGGGGUAUUACCUUCCUCAAAGAAGAAAACAAGGUUUUCCAACAACAAUGUUUUGGAUACUGACAGAAGCUCUGCCAGCGAUUUCGGUCUGCCUAAUUCUGAGAGUGACGAUGACCAGCUCUAUACCAGGUUUGUAACAUCCUAA